AGUCAACAAAGUGCUAUAAUGGUGAAAAGUGAUGAUCAGAACUCAAGACACUUAUGAUAAUGAAGGUGGAUAGGUACCUUCAACUAGUUUUGGAAUGAGUGAAGAUGAUACACGACACCUGUCAUCAGAUGUGUGGAUACACACCAUCAACAUCCACAGCUACAUACCAUGGGAUGAGUGGAUGCUGGCCUUUAACAAACAUACAUGACACCUGUCAUCAGAAGUGUGGAUACACACCAUCAACAUCCACAGCUACAUACCAUGGGAUGAGUGGAUGCUGGCCUUUAACAAACAUACAUGACACCUGUCAUCAGAUGAUUGGAUACACACCAUCAACAUACACAGCUACAUACCAAGGGAUGAGUGGAUGCUGGCCUUUAACAAACAUACAUGACACCUGUCGUCAGAUGAGUGGAUACACACCAUCAACAUCCACAGCUACAAACCAUGGGAUGAGUGGAUGCUGGCCUUUAACAAACGUACAUGAUACCUGUUGUCAGAUGAGUGGAUACACACCAUCAACAUCCACAGCUACAUACCAUGGGAUGAGUGGAUGCUGGCCUUUAACAAACAUACUUGACACCUGUCAUCAGAUGUGUGGAUACACAUCAUCAACAUCCACAGCUACAUACCAUGGGAUGAGUGGAUGCUGGCCUUCAACAAACAUACAUGACACCUGUCAUCAGAUGAGUGGAUACACACCAUCAACAUCCACAGCUACAUACCAUGGGAUGAGUGGAUGCUGGCCUUCAACAAACAUACACGACACCUGCCAUCAGAUGAGUGGAUACACACCAUCAACAUCCACAGCUACAUACCAUGGGAUGAGUGGAUGCUGGCCUUUAACAAACAUACAUGACACCUGUCGUCAGAUGAGUGGAUACACACCAUCAACAUCCACAGCUACAUACCAUGGGAUGAGUGGAUGCUGGCCUUUAACAAACAUACAUGACACCUGUCAUCAGAAGUGUGGAUACACACCAUCAACAUCCACAGCUACAUACCAUGGGAUGAGUGGAUGCUGGCCUUUAACAAACAUACAUGACACCUGUCAUCAGAUGAUUGGAUACACACCAUCAACAUACACAGCUACAUACCAAGGGAUGAGUGGAUGCUGGCCUUUAACAAACAUACAUGACACCUGUCGUCAGAUGAGUGGAUACACACCAUCAACAUCCACAGCUACAUACCAUGGGAUGAGUGGAUGCUGGCCUUUAACAAACGUACAUGAUACCUGUUGUCAGAUGAGUGGAUACACACCAUCAACAUCCACAGCUACAUACCAUGGGAUGAGUGGAUGCUGGCCUUUAACAAACAUACUUGACACCUGUCAUCAGAUGUGUGGAUACACAUCAUCAACAUCCACAGCUACAUACCAUGGGAUGAGUGGAUGCUGGCCUUCAACAAACAUACAUGACACCUGUCAUCAGAUGAGUGGAUACACACCAUCAACAUCCACAGCUACAUACCAUGGGAUGAGUGGAUGCUGGCCUUCAACAAACAUACUUGACACCUGCCAUCAGAUGAAUGGAUACACACCAUCAACAUCCACAGCUACAUACCAUGGGAUGAGUGGAUGCUGGCCUUAAACAAACAUACAUGACACCUGUCGUCAGAUGAGUGGAUACACACCAUCAACAUCGAGAUAAUAGCUUUCUGACAGGUAUUAGACAGUUGUCAUUGGACAGUUGACGUAGGAUUCCACUUACCACAUGUCAUAUUUUAGGAUGAGUGAAUGUAGACCAUCAGCAACUCACGUAGGAAACCUUACAUCAUUUCAUUGGAAACUGGCUUUCAGUAAUUCUCAUGUUCAGUAUUUUGUAAAAGUAUCGUGCUGUGUAGAAGUGCAUACGUAAUCAAGAAGAUAAAUGCAUUUUUUGUUAGUGUGUCAUUCAAUGUACUCGGCUUGUUUUCUUUGGUAAUCCUAUUUAAUCAAUACGAGUUUUGUUACCUGGAGAAAAAUCUAAACUGAUUUAUCUAAUACAGGAAUGAUUUUUUUCCCCAAUUGAAACACUGUAGCUCAGGAUCAAAGAAAUACAAGCUGAAGUUUUUUGUAUAUUUUCGCAGAAGAUGGCAAGACAUAUUCAAGCAAUGCAUGUUGUAUUUUCUAUAAUUCUGUAAUUACAAGCUAUAUCAAAUCUUUGUUUUAAAAACAAUUUGGCAUAGUAAACAUAUUAGCUAUUUUCAAAUGAAAGAAUUGUUUUAGGUUUGUUUCAAAAUCAGUGGCGCUCAGUCCGCCAUGUUUGAUGAGGGAGCAAGUGAUUAGGUAUACAUGGAACAAAGAAAAUAUGCUAAACCUCCAGUUUUGUUGUGCAAACACAACAACAAUUUUCAAGUUCAUGAUUUUUACAAAGUCACUUUCAAAUAAUUUUCUUGUCUACCUCUUUUGACACAUCUGCACAAGUAUAGCUCUAAAUUUUGUAGAUUUUGUAAACGGCCCAUCUGAUAGCAAUAAUGUUAAAAUCAUGUUUUUUGCUGUUUUGCAAUUUUUAUCGCCUUCAAAAUGUGACACCGUUAUGUUAAUAUUCUGGAGUUUCAAAAUGCUUUGAAAGAUAUGAGCUAAUGAUUCCUUUCCUGAAAUAACUUGAACAAUUAUGUUUUACCAUGAAAUGGAUGUAAGAAAAUAGUGAAGACAGGCCCCUACCCAGGUUGGUGGGGGUGGGGGGGAGGGGUGGCCUGGGUGUGUAUGCACAACCAAUACGUUUUACCUUUUUUUUUGCCAGUAUAUAUUUUUUUUCACCACCAAUACCCAAAUAUUCACAACAUUUUUCCCAGCGUUUGACAACCAGAAGAUAUUCAUUGUCCACCACCCAUUUCUUUUACGUUCAUCUGUUCAAAAUGUGGGGAAUUGGCCUUCAUACCUUUCAUGCAGAUGUUUUCAUAUGUUUUAUGUAGGUCUACAUGUUUGAAAUAAUUAUGACGGUGACCCCUCGAGUUGGUCUGAUAUCUUCAGCAAUCCCUCCCCCCCCCCCCCCACAUACGGGCCUGCAAGCAGUUGCCAAUGAAUUGGACAUUAAAUACUGUCAUAUAAUUAGAACUAAUAAUUAUGUCGAAACCCUUUUCGUUUACUUUUGGUUAGUACUAAUUUGAUGCUUGGCAUAAACAUAAUGCAAUUGAACAUA